CACUUCAUCACUUCAACCGCCGAUCAUCAUCUUUUUCCUCCUACCACUGGCACUUUUCCUUUACCUUCUUUUUCUUCCAUUCCUUAUUAUACAACCACCACUACUACUUUGACCACCCAUCCUCCUACCACUGCUCCUGAAGCAUUCUCUCCUUUUAGUAUCGAUGGACCAUGGCGUGACAAUUUCCCUGCUUUAUGUGCGUUUGCCAUCAUUGGUCUUAUCACGACGCUUCUGAUUCUUCCUGUUUUUAUCUAUUGUCUUUGUCGUCGUUGUCGUCGUCAACCGUCUUAUUUUGAUCAACCAUUAGAUGAAGAAAAUGUGGGCAUUCAUAAUGAAAAAAGACAAAGUCCAACAGCAUCACUGACAACUAUGCGACAAUUAGCCAUUCCAGGACCUGCUACAACACAACCAUUAGCACCCAUUUAUACAACUUCAAGUGCUCUUGGUGAUAGAUAUAUGGCAUCUUCCAUGGUAUCUCCUACGUUUGUACCGAUCCAAGCUUCUCCUUUAACUUUGGUGCCUCGUGAUGCUAUUUGGAAAGAUCCUCAACGACGUCGUGGCGUGAAUGAAUUGGAAUUAUGGGAACAAAAACAACAACAACAACAAUCAAGGUUUUAUGAUGAUGGUUUACCUCUUUUUAUUCCUCCUUUACAAAGGUAUUCCUCAACUAGUUCAUAUUUACCCAAUGAUACCGAUUGGCAACGAUGUGUUCCAUCCCCUUAUUUGGCUCAUGCCAUUACUUUGACGGCUCUAGAUGAUGAUGAUGAUGAUCAACAAAGAUCAGAACAUGACCAGAUACCACAGGUAAAUCUUUUCUUUUUUUUUAUUUUUAUAUUUCUUUUAACUCAAUAGAACUCUUGGAUAGGAUGAUCCAACAUCCAGUAUAUCGUCAUCACCCACAUGGUCAACUAGUAAGACAAGACAAGAAAGAACUUCAAACAUCAGUGAUGCCACAAUUGGAAGAAGACAGGCUGUGGUUUCUUUGGAACAUAGUGGAAGUAGUCAAUGGUUAUGUCCUCCUCCUCUUCAUUUUAGUCGUAGUUUAUGAUAUCCCAUAAUGAUUUGUAUUUUUAUACUUUCUUGUUUGAUUGUAUUUUGACUUUAUUUAUUAUAAUAAAAAAGGAUCAGAAAAUAAAAAUGCUAAUAUAUAUAUAUUCUAAAAAAAAAAAAAAAAGGAGUAGUCUAACAAAA